AUGGGUCAGAAACAGUCCAAGUUGACGCCCCAGCAAUUAGAAGAUCUACAAAAGUCCACACAUUUCGACAAGAAGGAAUUACAACAAUGGUAUAAAGGAUUUCUUAAAGAUUGUCCUUCGGGGACUCUCACCAAGGAAGAAUUCCAGAAAAUCUACCGACAAUUCUUUCCCUUUGGCGAUCCCAACUCCUUUGCAGAUUAUGUCUUCAAGGUCUUUGACUCGGACAAGAGUGGCACCAUUGAUUUUAAAGAGUUCAUAUGCGCCCUCAGUGUGACUAGUCGUGGCAAAAUGGAGGACAAGCUUGAUUGGGCAUUCCAGCUAUACGACAUCGAUGGAGAUGGAAAGAUCAGCUAUGAGGAAAUGCUCGCUAUUGUCGAGGCUAUCUACAAGAUGGUCGGUUCAAUGGUCAAAUUACCCGAGGAUGAGGACACCCCCGAGAAACGCGUUCGCAAGAUAUUCAGAAUGAUGGACAAGGAUGAGAAUGGCAGCCUCGACAUGGCCGAAUUCAAAGAAGGCAGUAAAAGGGAUGAAACCAUCGUUUCGGCUUUGUCGCUAUAUGACGGGUUGGUAUGA